CUCCGCUGACCAAAAACAUUUGUGUCCAGACAGGAGCGCUCCGAAGAGCCAGACAACACGGUUUUUCAAAGUCUUAUUCUUCAGCCUGACUCAACCGAUAGAGCUCUUUCGAAUAUGGUCUGUGGCGGUUUCACCUGUUCCAAAAAUGCGCUUUGUUCCCUGAACGUGGUUUACAUGCUGGUCGGGCUGCUGCUGAUUGGAGUAGCAGCAUGGGGGAAGGGGUUCGGCUUGGUGUCGAGCAUCCACAUCAUCGGAGGGGUCAUCGCGGUGGGCGUCUUCCUGCUGCUCAUCGCCAUCGUGGGUCUCAUCGGAGCAAUGCACCACCACCAAGUCAUGCUUUUCUUUUACAUGGUCAUUCUUUUUAUCGUUUUCCUCUUCCAAUUUGGAGUUUCCUGUUCCUGCUUGGCAAUGAACCGCAUGCAGCAGGAGACCUUUCUGAACUCUGCUUGGGGGAUGUUGGAAAACAAGACCAAGACAGACCUGGAGAGUCAGCUGAACUGCUGUGGGCUGCUCAACGGCACUGACAGUCGGCCACAGUUUGAGCUGGACUUGCAAAACUGCAACGCCUUGUGCAAAAAGAACGGUUCCUGUUUCACCUGCGGGGAUAUGAUGCUGAAUCAUGCAAGUGAGGCUCUGAAGAUUCUCGGGGGCGUCGGACUCUUCUUCAGCUUCACAGAGAUCCUGGGAGUGUGGCUUGCUGUGCGCUACAGGAACCAGAAGGAUCCGCGAGCAAACCCAAGUGCUUUCCUAUAGUCUGUCCCGCCUACGCAGGGCAGCGCUGUAGACGCAGUUUCAGACACACACUGGUACACAUAGAAUCAUGCACAUCUAGAGGCAGACACUCGGGCAUAUAAUACAGAGCCACACCACCCACAACAGCACAGAAUGGACGAGCACACGUAGCACCUGACAAACACUGAGAAACAAAACACACACCCUCACCUGAGACUGAGAAACGACAACCACCUGUCACCUGUUCGGAAAGUUUGCCAGAGCACAAGCGGGACGACCUGGAUACUUAUGUAUGAAAGGAUAACUUGUAAUACCAACAAGUGUUGGUAUCGCGACCCAGCCUCGAUUUGAGUUCCAGAUUUCCUGAUUGUGGCCUGCUAGUCUCCAACCACGUAACACGCGAUGAGACAUCUCUGCAUGUGUCCUCCGCCUGCACAGACAAACAGCCUCUUUCAUUUCAUUCUUCACACCAACAAAAUGACUGUGCAGUGUUCAGCAAAUAACCUGUAUGCACCUUGAAGUUUUCCUCUUGUCUCUAAUGUAGUGCCACCACUUAACAACAAGUAUAUUCCUCUGGUCAGUGCUAUCGGUGAUGUGUAGAGCUGUAUACCUGCACGUGUCCAGUGUGAUGAGUUUGUUCUCGUCUGAGGAGAAAAGAACGCACAUCUGGACACGUUUUGUAAAGUAGUUUUUGAAUUGUAUGUAAAUGUUUUUUUUUUUCCAGAUGCGCGAACGCCACAAAUGCCGGGAUUGAACAGGAUUAGUAAGAAAGGAUAGAUUUUAGAUUAACGUAGUUGCUAGUCAAUCGGGUUCAAAUAUUUAUGAACUGUAACUGAGCCAAUUAACUUUAAACAGUCAGAGAUGUUAGGAUGCCAACGGACUGCAGCCUUGAUGUUGUACAUAAUCUUUUAGAAAUCUUUCUCGAUGGGUUUUCCAUGUAGUUGCCCCUCAAAUCGGGAGGUUUGCCUGCAUAUUUGAGGUCUGUGAAGGCCUUAAUAAUCCACCCUUCCUGUAUUUGCUAUAUUCCUUUGUGUCUCACAGUGAUGUUGUUGGUACGUAUCAUUACCUCCUCUGUAACUGGAAGAAAUCACAAAUGUAAAAAAUUAAGAAGAGCUGUUUGAUUUGAAAUAAUUGGGUAAAUUCGACCAAAACUGCUUAUUGCAAACCCAAUUUUGUUCUUAUGGUAUUAGUUGUGAAAAUGUGCUCUUGGUUGCAAAUCUUUUUCUUCUUUUUAAAAAAUAUUUUGCAAGAAUAAUUCCUUUGUGUAAUUAUUUUGUUGUUCUGUGUUGCCAUCUGCUCUGCGUUCAUCAGUGUUAAAUGCUUUGUAAAAAGUUGUUUAAUAUUUUCAGGAUCUAUUUAAGUUAAGUAUGAUGGUGCACAUUAGGCGAUUGUUAUGUUGUAGUUUUAAUGCCGAGCUCGAUGUUGGAUUUCCUGUUGGUAGAACACUCCUCAUUAAUUCUCUCUUUCAGAUGUGUUUUCUCUUUUGAAUUGCUUUUUAACUUAAAGGACUAACACAAACUGUAAUUACAUGUCUUACUUGAACCUGUCGACGUGGCUGAUGCGGAUUUCCUGCUGCUGAUUUGGAGUUCUCGCUGGUGUAAACAAACAUUUUGACAGAUCUUAAGCAUUAUUAUGCCAUAUAUUACACAUCACUUUGAAUCUGUGUGCACUUGUUCUUCAAAUGUAUCUUGAAUUUUGAGACUUAAUUUUCCAAAUAAUAAAACCUCGAAUUGGAAACUGUU